CAUGAGCGCGAGGCAGAGCCAGCGCACGCGAGCAGGGAGUCAGAGCCGCGCUCGCACAGCUGGAUGGAUAGUAACGUCUCCGCCACAGCUGGAGAAGGAUGUGAAUUAUCGACGUUUUACCAAGUUUGCCACCACAAAAAGAAAAAAGAGGCAGCAGCUGGACUCACGCGCUGACAGGUACAGGUGGCGUAAUUAACAGACACCGAACAGCAGCACGCGGCGGCCGUUAGAAAACAAACCGCUCCGUUUUUUUAAAUGAGUUGCGUUCACGGCCGACGGUCCAAAUAGCUGCUGAGCAUCCAGUGAGCUGUAAACACACACAGACAACAUGAUGGAGUCUAUCUUAGACAGUUUGACAGCAGAGAAACUCUACCCGUCCGGAGGCACCAACCUGUUGGACCUGGAGGAACUCAGCGACGGUGAUUUCCUCACUAACGUGCCUUUCUCAGGUGACCAAAUGGACGACUUCAGCAGUGAAUUAUUCAGCAGUUUCUUCGACGACCACCUAUUAGAGCGGCCCCUAAUGGCGGACAGACCUUCACUUUUACAUAUGGACAUAGACAGCAGCCCAGAUAUUCAAGCAGAGCACAGCUACUCUUUGAGUGAAGACUCCGCCCCCCAGAGCCCAGCCCUGUCAAUCAAAAUGGACCAAGAGUCUGAAUUCGAGUGGAACUUCAGUCAGGACCUUUCAGCCAUCUUGGUGAAACAGGAAGAGCCCGACGUGGGUCAGCGGUUAGACCCUCAGCUCCUGGAAGGCCCGUCUCUCAUUUUGAGCCCCGCCCCCCCACACAGAGGAUCGCCAUGGAGACACACGGAGCACAGUCAGGACGAGGUGAAGCCGGUCGCCAUAAAAGAUGAACCCAGAGAGAUUGGACAGUACCUCAGCCUGCCCAGCGACGACGCUCUCCAGCUCCCGCCCACCCCGCCCAGCAGUAACCACGGCGACAGCGACGGCUCCCUGCCUCCCUCCUCCCCACACCUCCCCCUGCCACCGUCCUCCCCUCAACCACAACAGAGGCCAGUAGGUCGUGCCUCCUCCUCCUCUUCCUCCUCGUCCUCCUCUUCCUCGGCCAUCUCUUCUUCACCUCUCCUCACUGCGCCACACAAGCUGCAGGGUUCGGGACCCCUCAUGCUGACAGAAGAAGAGAAGAGGACCCUGGUUGCUGAGGGUUAUCCAGUACCAAACAAACUUCCUCUCACCAAGAGCGAGGAGAAGGCACUGAAGAGAGUCCGACGAAAGAUCAAAAAUAAAAUCUCAGCUCAGGAGAGUCGGAGGAAGAAGAAAGAGUAUGUGGAAUGUCUGGAGAAAAAGGUGGAGAGCUACACGUCAGAAAACAGCGACCUGUGGAGGAAAGUAGAAAACCUGGAGACCGCCAACAGGUCUCUCCUACAGCAGCUCCAGAAGCUUCAGUCACUGAUUUCAGGGAAGGUCGUCCCCCGCUCAUGUAAAAUGGCCUCAACUCAGACAGGGACAUGCCUCAUGAUGAUGGCUGUCUGUUUCGUCCUCGUGUUGGGCUCCUUCACCCCCUGCCUCUCUCCCCUCUCCUUCCUCGCCGACACCUCCUCUUUGUCCUCCUCCUCCUCCUCCUCUUCCUCCUCUCCUCCUCUCCCGUCAGCGGACCUCUACACCACCAGCCAGGUCCGUUCCCGCAGCCUCCUUUUCUACAACGACGGGGCUCCGCUGGAGGAGAGUUUAGUGCCGUCAGAAGGGGAGAGGCUACAGUCAGACGGACACUCCCACGUCCAGACGAGCCGGUACACAGCCGACGCACACAGCAACCAGACGACAGAGCCCAAGUUAGACCGGAGAGAAACAAAACCAGACGGAGUCUCAGAGUUUUUCUGACACAGCCUGACCCUUCAUCCUCCUCCUCCCAUGACUUCUCACCUCUGACCCCCCUCAAAAAAAAAGAAAGAAAGAAAACGGCUUCACAUCAACAUCCAACCGGACCAAAAUCUACAUGAACCUUCCUUCAUCAUCGCCAUCAUCAUCACCUCUUUCAGCGAGCUUCAGUCGUCUCCGUCCUGCCUGCACGUGGUGCUUCAGCUCAAACAGACUCACCUGAAUAUACUUGAUUUUAAAGGGACCACCUUAUUGGAAUUCCCAUUUUUAACUAACUAUUAAUAUUUAGUAAACGAUCACAGAGAAUAUUUAGUUUUCGAUCCUUGAAUAAUAACUUAAAUUAAUACAUUAAAUUAAAGAACCUCUAGACAGCAACUUGUCUCUUUCCCUCUGAAGGCAACGUCCUCUAACGCAAAGAGCUUCAUGGGAAAUGUAGUCUUAAUGUUUAGACGAACAACUAACGGACCUCCACUGUGGGAAUCUAGCUGACGUUAGCACACGGUGCUUGUAUUUUAUUACACAAGAUGAAAUCCAUCAGAUCAGUCACCUACGACACAGAGGUGUUAAAAAAAGGGAAACUGUGCCAUAUUUAAAGUGCCUUCCAUUGACCGACUUGGCCUUUACACCUGAAGCCCACACGUGCACCUACAAACCCGGAAACUAGAUUUCACACUCAGUUUGAACCCUUGCAUGAAAUGUAGCUAAUUUAAAUCAUCUCUCUACUUCUACUUCUCUGAGCUAAUCGUAAACUAGAUGAGUGUUCACGAUCGUAACGUGCCUGUGGAUGUAUUGAGCACUUAGUUUGAGACAUGUCCGUUAAAGUUAAAGUUUUUUACUUUCAAAUUCUGGGUUAGAAAACCAAAAAUCAUUUUUCCGGGGAAGGCGGGAGGGGGUGGGACCAUAUUUUCAUAUCAAGGGGUCCUGACAGAGGGUGGGAGACAUGAACAUAAAAGUAUUUUUAUGGAAUUAAAAGUUGUAUAUGUAAUAUAUUUGCAGCAUCGAAAAAAAGAGCAUAUUUAAUUUAUGCAACAAAAAAAAAAACUAAAUACUGAACUAGUUUUUAAGAUUAGUUUAUCUUAAUGUCUCGUCUUUUCUAAAAUAAUGUUUACAAAAGAAAAAAACUCAAAAAUACAACUUAUAAUAUAUUCCGAGCAUCAAAAAAAGAGCAUAUUUAUUUUAUGCAGACAAAAAAAAAACAAAGGGAAUCGUAUGUUGUGUUUUUCGGCAUUUAGGAUGACGUGGAAAAAAACUUUCCACAUCAUCCGUUUGUGUCUUUUAACUGUAAUACAGUGUUUAUGUCUUCACUGCUGUCGCAUGACGACCUCCGCUCACUUUUUAAAAGUUGUUUUUUUGUUUGUUGUUGUUUUUUACCCCAAAAGUCAAAAGUUUAAACGAUGAAAACAUUUGAAAAUGUUUCAUGUAGAUAUUUUUCUUGUCUUAAACGCAUCCUGUGAACUCAAACCAAGCAGGAGAGGAAACAUCUCAACGUGGAUAUUUGAAAUGUGCCCGUGCGACAGCAGUGUAUGUUGUAUUUAUUCCUGUUUGUAGAAAGUGUGUAUAUAUUGAAGAAGCCGAUCAGGGGACUGAUACAUUCCAGGAAGAAAAAAAAAAAACACCACUAGCUUUGUUAUCGUCACAAUUCGAAGCAACGCCGCGACUUUUAUUUACU